CACCAUCACUGACAGAGUCUGCUAUGCCACCAAGCAGACGUACUAUUUAAUCUUUCGUCAUUGCUGCUGUUGCUGCCCCGUUUCCUCGAGCUGUAGCAAUAGUGGUAGUAGUAAAAAAAAAACCUGUGCAAGUCUAUAAGUAGUCGUUGCCCAGCAGACGACUAUAGAGAAAAUAUAUUUAUAUAUAUAUAUAAUACUAGUAUUAUUAUCACGGCCUUAAAAAAAAAACUUUUUCGGAUAAUACCUGAAAGAUUUACUGGCUCUGCCUUCGAAAGAAGAAGCGUCGUGUACGAGUCCAUAAUAUAUAUAUAUAUAUAAACAUGUAUAUAUAGAUGGACAUACAUGUAUAAACACUGGCACGGCAAUGAUUUGAAGAGAAUAGAAGUAAGAAAGUAACGGGAACUUUUGAAGAAUCUUUUUAUCUUAAUCCAUCACUAACGACGCGUUUAAACAACACCGUUCUGACUCCUGCGACUACACACAUUGCUACUACCAUUUCUACUAUUGCCACUACCUGCGUGGAGGUGAAGUACGGAGGCUGUCAGGUUCGGCCUGCUACUAAAAGCAGAGGAGGAGUGCACUGUUGCUUCACUCUGAGUCGAUAAAUCUUCAUCAACAACAUGGCGGAUUCGGCUGAGCCAGGCGGGGGAGAGCAGGACGACAUUUCGUUUCUUAGAACGGAAGACAUUGUUUGUCUCAGUUGUUUAGCAUCCACAGCAAGAGAAAAUGAUAGUGGUGAGAGAUAUUGUCUGGCUGCUGAAGGUUUUGGAAACCGAAUUUGUUCCCUCAUCAAUAUUUCCAAUAAGGAUGUACCACCUGAUAUGUCAGUAUGUGCCUUUGUUCUGGAACAAGCUCUCUCAGUCAGAGCUUUACAAGAGAUGGUCACAUCAGCUUCCCACGCUUCAAGGGCCACACAAUCAGGACAUAGAACUCUUUUAUAUGGUCAUGCUGUUUUACUUCGACAUCUUCACAGUAGCAUGUAUCUGUCUUGUCUCUCAACUAGUUCAUCAAAUGACAAACUGGCAUUCGACGUCGGCUUACAAGAAAUGGCUGAAGAUAAAAGUCGCCAGUCUGGUGAAUCAUGUUGGUGGACGAUACAUCCUGCUUCCAAACAGAGAUCAGAGGGUGAGAAAGUGCGUGUGGGAGAUGACCUUAUCCUCGUCAGCGUUUCCUCAGAAAGAUAUUUGCACAUUGGUUACGGGGUGAGUGUGAUUGCAUCUUUCCAACAAACAUUAUGGACAGUGGUCCCUAUGUGUUCAGGAGCAAUCAGAUUAAAGUCUCUUGGAUUUGUAUUUGGUGGAGAUGUAGUGAGACUUUUUCACGGUCAUAUGGAUGAAUGCCUUACAAUACCACGAUCAGGGAGUGAAAAUGAGGACAAUGCAGUGAUGUAUGAAACUGGUGCUGUUUGUAGCCAUGCAAGGUCUUUAUGGCAAUUAGAACACAUCAGAACAAAGUGGUCGGGAGGAUUCUUGGGCUGGGGUUCCCAAUGCCGCAUUCGACACAUUACCUCUGGAAGAUAUUUGUCAAUACAUAGUGAUAACCAAGUGGUAACAGUUCACAGAAACCGAGCAACAGAAGAGCUAACCACAUUUCUUCUUUUGAUGACUAAAGAUGAGAAAAAACAGAGUGAAGGAAGAGAAGAUGAAGGCAUGGGAAAAGCAGAUAUCAAAUAUGGAGAUUCCAUGACUUUUAUUCAGCACUGCGCAUCAGGACUAUGGCUGUCAUACAUGACCUAUGAAACCAAGAAAAGAGGAGUGGGGAGAGUUGAAGAGAAAAAGGCAGUGCUGUUACUUGAAGGACACAUGGAUGAUGCUUUUACAUUGAGCAGAGCCCAAGAAGAAGAAUCUCGGUCUGCUAGAGUUAUCAGGAAAUGUCAGUCCCUCUUCCAUAGAUUCAACAAGGCAUUGGACUCCCUUAAGACUGAAGGAAGAACAAGUCAUGCCUGGUCCAGAAUUACUCUGGAAGAGGUCCUGAAAAGUCUAGAGGAUCUAAUCGAGUAUUUUGCUCAACCUGGGGAGGAUGAAGAGCAUGAAGAAAGGCAAAGCAAACUGAAAGCUUUGAGAAAUCGCCAAGAUUUGUUCCAAGAAGAGGGUAUGAUUGCAUUAGUACUUGAAACGAUUGAUAAAUUCAUUCAAUACAAAAGCCGUAGACAUUUCGCUCACUAUGCCGGAGAAGAAGCAGCUGAGAAAUGGGACGACAUUUCAAGUUAUCUAUACCUACUGUUAGCUGCAAUGAUUCGUGGGAAUCGUGCAAACUGUGCUCAGUUUGCCCAGUCUUACAGACUGGAUUGGUUAGUAAGCAGACUAGAGAGUCAACAGUCAUCUACAGGGGUUCUUGAUGUCCUUCAUUGUGUAUUAAUUGACAGUCCUGAGGCACUGAACAUGAUCAAAGAAAAACACAUUGUUACUAUCAUCUCACUCAUUGACAAACACGGAAGAGACCCAAAGGUUUUGGACGUACUUCGGUCUUUGUGCGUCGGUAAUGAUAUUGCUGUCCGUACAAAUCAAAAUCUGAUCUGUGACAAUUUACUUCCUGGAAGAGAUCUUUUAUUGCAAACAAAACUUGUUGAUCAUGUCACAAGCAUGAAGCCUAAUACCUAUGUUGGGUUACACGAAGGAUCGGCCAUGUACAAAAAAUGGUAUUUUGAAGUGGUUAUUGCAUUCAUUGAACAAUGCACACACCAGACACCUGUUCUUCGUAUUGGUUGGGGAAAUACUGAAGGUUUUAUUCCUUAUCCUGGAGGUGGUGAACACUGGGGUGCCAAUGGAGUUGGAGAUGAUCUUUAUUCCUAUGCAUUUGAUGGUGUCAACUUGUGGACAGGUGGAAAACCCAAACAAGUUCGACAUGAAAGCCAAGUUUUUGAGAAAGCACAUACUAUCGGCUGUGCUUUAGACUUAAGUAUUCCUCAAAUUUCCUUUACUGUAAAUGGAAAUAAAGUCCAUGGUGUGUUUAAAGACUUCAACACAGAUGGAAUGUUUUUUCCUGUGGUCAGCAUGUCAGCAAGAGUCAGUCUUCGUUUUAUGCUUGGUGGAGAGCAUGGACGAUUAAAAUUUGGUCCACCAGAUGGUCAUUCACCUGUGCUGGAAAGUUUAUUACCAAGAGAGAAGUUGAGAAUUGACCCAUGUUACUACUUUGGAGAACAACACAAGAACAUCGUCAGUGGUCCAACAGAAGUUCUCGAAUACAAUGCAUUUGUUCCCGGUCCAAUAGACACAACACAUGUACAACUUCCAGCAUAUAUUGAAAAUGUCCGUGACAAAUUAGCAGAAAAUAUUCAUGAACUGUGGUCUAUGAACAAAAUCGAACAAGGCUGGACAUAUGGUGAGGUCAGAGAUGAUGCAAGGAAAAAACAUCCCUGUCUCUGUACUUUUGAACAACUGCCAAUGUCUGAGAAAAAAUAUGAUAUUACGCUGGCUUUUGAAACAUUAAGAACAUUGUUAGCCUUGGGGUAUCAUAUCAGCAUCCAACAUAAAAAAGAAUCAAGCAGGCUGAAGAUGGUAAAACUUGGAUCCUAUUAUUUGCAAGGUAAUGGAUACAAGCCCUGCCCACUGGAUUUAAAUACAAUCCAUUUGAAUGAAAAGAUGGAAGAACUAGUUGAUCUUCUUGCUGAAAACACUCAUAAUGUUUGGGCAAAAGAUCGCAUUAAACAAGGCUGGACAUAUGGACUUUGUGAGGAUAAUGUCAACAAACGAAGUCCAUACCUUGUACCUUACAGCAAAGUUGAUGAGCAUAUCAAGAAAGCAAAUCGUGAUACAGCCAGUGAGACUGUCAAGACGUUAAUGGCCUAUGGUUACAUUCUGGAACCACCAACAAAUGAAGGGGGUGACGGAGGAUCACAAGUGACACAGACAAUAGCUGAAAAGAAAUCUACAUCAAGAACAUACAGAGCAGAACUUACUUAUGCAAUUUCACAUGGCAAGUGGUACUAUGAGUUUGAAGUAAUCACUCCUGGCUAUAUGCGACUUGGAUGGGCCAAGGCUUCCUUUGAUCCUGGGUGUGAAUUGGGAACUGAUGGCUUAUCCUACGGUUUUGAUGGCUUUUUGGCAAGAAAAUGGUUCCAAGGUUCUGAACCUUAUGGGAAAUGUUGGCAAGCAGGAGAUGUUAUUGGUUGCAUGUUAGAUCUUAAUGAUUUUAUCAUAACAUUCUCCUUAAAUGGUGAAUUAAUGAUGGACGCCUUAGGCCAAGAGAUAGCUUUCCGGGAUAUCGAAACAAAUGAAGGUUAUGUACCUGCUUUCACCCUUGGUGCUCACCAACAAGCCAGAGUCAGUUUUGGGCAGGACAUCAAUAAGCUGAAAUAUUUUACUUGCUAUGGUCUCCAGGAAGGUUAUGAACCAUUCUGUGUAAAUAUGACAAGACAAAUGACACUCUGGUAUUCAAAAAAUCAACCUAUUUUUGAGCCAUUGACUUCAGACCAUUCCCGUUUGGAAGCUGUAAGAAUACCUGGAGGAACUAACAUCACACCAGCAUUAAAAAUUUCUUCAAAAAACUUUGGUACUUUGGAACACGUAUGCUUGGAAUACGUUCGCCUAAGUUUACCAGUAACUUGUAUGGAAGAAUAUGUUGCUAGGGACAGAACCAUCCAGUCUGAAAUAGAUCACAAAAUGAAUUUAGAAAAUAUUCGACGUCAUGAAAUGGACAUUGAAGAGGAGAGAAAUGCUUAUGCUGAUAUGCCAGGCCAGAACUACAGCGAUGCCAAUAUAAGUGAUGCUUCAGUUGAAAAAGGAAGCAAAGUAAUUGCUGAUACCUUGAAGAGGAUAGCAGGGGGUACCUCUGAUUCCAGCACUACUGAAUCACAUCGAGAAGGAUCGCUCAACAUCAGUGAUACUACUGAAAAGUCUGACGGUGGUACUGAUGAUUUCUUCCCACGACAUAUAAAUGGUGGCCCUGAGUUAACAUUAAGGAAAUCACUUCAUCAUGACUAUGCUGGUGACGAAUCUCUGUCUGAUGCUGAUCAAAGAAGAACAUCCUUUUUGAGGAACAAAAAUGCCCACCAUUCUUUAGAUGAACCAACUCUGCAUGAUUCUAGUCUUCCCGGCAUGAAGACUGCAGCGAGUGAAUCUCAUUUGGUCGACGGUUAUUUAGGAAUUGAUAAUGAGAGAAAGAAAUCUACUUCCAAACUUUCUCUUUUGGCUGAAAAACUCAGUGAUCCAAAGGCCAGCAAAGCAGCUAAAAAUUCCAAGUCACCAUUUGCAACACUGUUUCGAAGAUCAAAAUCCAGGGAACCUUCUCCAACUCCUCGAGAUGUGAAAUCUAAAACACUCGAUUCAUUGAAACCUGGCAAACUUGGCAGGUCUCAACGCUCCAACAGAUCUAUAGCUGGUUCUCAGAAUAUGCAUAAGGGUGAUGUGGAAGGUGGCAGCCCUGCAAUUAAUAUCGAAGGUCCUGAUGGAUUGAUUCCAUAUGAGUUUCAGGAUGUCAAAGAUAUACACCAUGGAUUCAGCAAUGUCUCUAUGGGUUCCGACUAUGAAAUGUCCGAGGCUGAAAUUGCUGAAAUGAAUGCCUUGACUGAAACAAUGCAUGAAUAUUACUAUUCUGUACGCAUCUUCCCUGGGCAGGACCCCAAUCAGCUAUAUGUUGGUUGGGUCACCCCUGGCUUUCACAUGGGAGGCAGGUCCUUCGAUAUGAAGAAGAUCAGGAAUGUCAUCAUCUCAACCCAAGAUGUAGAAUAUAAAUACAGACAAAGUGUAAGCCGCAAAAAUUGCUAUAUGGUAUGUGCAGGUGUAUUACAACAGCGUUACGGUGGAACUCAUGAAGAAUCAAGCAAAAAAUCCUCACCAGGUCUUGUUAUUGGCUGCUACAUUGAUACAGCCACAGGAAUAUUAAGUUUUAGUGUUAAUGGAAAGGAGGUGGCAAAUAAAUACCAGGUUGAACCUGGAACCAAACUUUUUCCAGCUGUAAUUUUUGAACCAACAAUCAAAGAAAUGUUCCAGUUUGAAUUGGGACGGACAAAAAAUACUUUGCCCUUAUCUGCUGCCCUGUUCCGUGGCCCUAAAUCUAUCCAACCUGCCUGUCCACCACGCUUAGAUUUACAAGUAAUAAAACCUUCACAUUGGGCAAGAGUCCCAAAUACAUCCCUCAAAUCACACUCAAUAAAGAUGUCAGAAGUACGAGGCUGGAGUUUGGUAUGUGAUGAACCAGUUUCUAUGAUGGCUGUCUACAUACCAGAAGAAGAUAGUUGUCUUGAUGUGCUAGAGCUUAUAGAACAUCCAUUAUUACUGAACUUUCAUGCACGAACCCUGGAUUUGUACCAAGCAGUAUGUUCUCACGGCAAUCACCGAGUUGCCCAUGCACUCACAAGACACAUUGAUGAGAAACAAUUAUACUAUUGUAUUGAAAGUGAAUAUAUGUCAGGUCCUUUAAGACAUGGAUUCCAUGGUUUACUAAUUUCUAUGCACAUGGAGUAUCACAGCAAAGCCAGGUUUAUGACUCAGAAUGAAUACAUCAUACCCCGCAGUGAAAAAACCAGAGCCUUAACUUUAUAUCGUAAACCAGUCGAGGCAGCUUCAGUCAAAUUAAGUGAUACUAUACCAAAAGUGGAAGAUAGUGUAUCAAUUCGUCCUUGCCUUUACACUACUGAGAAAGAAAUUGAAGACAGAGCAAAAACUAUCCCCAAAGAGUCUCUCUGUCCAUAUUAUCCAAUGGAUAAACUAAAACAGCAUGUAAUAUACUCCCUGAAUGAAGCUGUUGUAAAAGGUGCUUCUCAUAUCAGAGAUCCAAUUGGUGGAAGCAAUGAAAAUCUUUUUGUUCCUCUCUUUCGUGUUUGUGACAACCUUCUGUUGAUGGGAUUAUUAAACGAUGAUGACCUCCUAAUAUUACUAAGCCUCAUUGAUCCAGCUUCAUUUGAUCCUAAUGGAGAACGAGUUGCAGUAAAACAUGGCUUACUUAGUAUGGAGUUGGCAGAACCAGUCAAAGUCGAGAUGUGUCGAAUUCUGCAGCAUUUAUGUGACUACCAGUUGCGACAUCGUGUUGAAACUAUAGUUGCAUUUUCUGAUCAUUUUGUGGGAGAAUGCCAAACAGACCAGUUGCGUCGUUACAAUACCAUCAAACAAUCAGAUCUUCCUUCUGCUGUUACUGCUAAGAAAACCAGGGAAUUUCGAUGUCCACCACAACAACAGAUGAAGAAUCUUCUUAAAUUCAAAUCUGAAGAAGAAUUUGAUGAAGACAUUUGUGCAUGCCGAGAAGAUUUUCGAGAGUCUCUUUUGAAUUACCAUCAAACUUUAAUGAUUCAUUGUGAAAUGCCAACUUUGCAAAAACAACCUGAAGCAAAUGAAACUGAGCAGUUAGAUGACUCGCCGAAAUCGAUGAAAGAAAAAUUAAAAAGCUUGAUCUGGAGGGUUAAAAAAGAAGAAGAAAUCAAAGAAAAAUCAUCUGACGAAGAAACCAAAAAUGAUUCUCUACAAAAACUUAUUGCCCAAACAAUGGUUCGGUGGGGAGAAGAAACAUUCCUCUCUGACCAGAACCUGGUCAGAGAAAUGUUUAGUCUACUUCACAGACAGUAUAAUGGCGUUGCAGAAUUACUUUCUGCUUUGGAGAAAGCUUAUGUAAUCAGUAAUUUUAGUAUAGAAGACAUCAACGAAUUAUUAAAAGCUUUAGGACACAUCCGUUCUUUGCUUUUGGUCCAAGUGGCCGUUGAUGAGGAAGAGUCCAUGAAAACAAGCCUCAAGGAACUCAUGGACAACAAAGUAUUUUUCCAGCAUCCUGAUUUGAUGCGUGCUUUAUGCGUACAUGAGACAGUUAUGCAGCUUAUGGUAAACACACUUAACAAAGCACAACAGCAUCAACAAGCAGCAGCAUCUGAACAAGCAGCUGGUAACAGAACAUCAAUUGCUGGUGCUCCAAGUGAAAGUGAUCCUAGUGCUGUACAAAGUAAGCAAGAUGCUUGUGCUGAAAUGGUUGUCAUGUGUUGCCGCUUCCUCUGUUAUUUCUGCCGCAUUAGUCGACAAAAUCAGAGAGCAAUGUUUGAACAUCUCAGUUACUUGCUGGAAAACAGCAGCAUGCUUCUCGCUCGUCCAUCAUUGAGAGGCUCCUGUCCACUUGAUGUUGCAUAUUCUUCUCUUAUGGAUAACAACGAACUUGCUUUAGCUCUCAGAGAGUCGAAUUUGGAAAGAAUUACUGUUUAUUUGUCUCGUUGCGGCCUCCAAAGCAAUGCUGAACUUUUGGAGAAAGGAUAUCCUGAUAUUGGCUGGGAUCCUGUAGAAGGAGAGAGAUUCUUGGACUUUUUCCGAUUCUGUGUCUGGGUAAAUGGAGAAAGUGUGGAGGAGAAUGCCAAUCUAGUAGUUCGCCUACUUAUCCGCAAGCCUGAGUGCUUAGGACCAGCCCUGCGUGGUGAAGGAAGUGGAUUGCUUAAGGCUACCCGAGAUGGAAUCAAAAUGUCUGAACAAAUUGCAGCAGCCAAAGACACUAAUGCUGCAAACUUCCUCAGAGUCAUUAAUGAUGAUGAUGACACAGGUGGAGAAUACCUUUUCCAAAGUAAAUAUGAUUUUACAACUCUACCAGCUGAUGAUGAUGAAGACUACAUAGACAUGGGAUGUGCAAUCCUCAACUUCUACUCCAGUUUGGUUGAUUUAUUGGGACGCUGUGCUCCUGAUGCUGAGACCCUUAAAGCUGGACGAAGCAAUUCUUUGAGAGCCCGUGCUAUUCUUCGGAGUUUGGUGUCAAUGGAAGACCUUGAAGGUGUAUUAGGACUCCGAUUCAUUUUACCAUCAGGAUUUGGGCAAUACGAAGAAGGAGUACCAGUUCCUCUACCACCUGGAUUGGUACCCACACAUAAAGCAGCCAUUGUGCUGUUUUUGGAAAGAGUCUAUGGAAUACCAGAUCGAACAGUUUUCUUCAGAUUACUAGAAGAUGGUUUCCUACCUGAUCUUCGAGCAGCAACGUCAUUGGAUACAGUCACCCCAGAUGAAAGUGAUAUGGCAUUGGCACUUAACAGAUACUUAUGUAACUCCGUCCUACCCUUGAUGACUACCCACUGUCACUUCUUUAGAGAUGCUGACCAUGUAUCUGCCUUGAUGGACAACACUUUGAAUACCGUGUACAGAUAUACAAAGUGCCGCUCUCUCACCAAGGGACAACGAGAUGUUGUAUGUGAUUUCCUUGUGGCGUUCACACAUCAAAUAACACAAGGAAACUGUCAACUCCGUCCACCAAUGAUGACAAAGCUUCUGAGAAAAAUGACUGUGGAUGUACCUGCUUUAUCUGAUAGUGCAGUCGUGCCACUAAGAUUGUUAACAUCGCAUUAUGAGAGGUGUGGAAGUUACUAUGGAAGCCACGGUGGUUGGGGAUCCUUUGGAUCUGCAAGUGAGGAAGAACGUCGUCUGACAAUGGUUCUUUUCAGUGGCAUAUUUGAUUCAUUGGCCCAAAGAGGUUAUGAUCCAGAACUGUUUUCUCGGGCCUUACCAUGCCUCUCAGCUAUAGGCUGUGCUAUGUCUCCAGAUUAUUCCUUGACUAACCAAGAUGACAUUUCUACUGUUCAAGGGGUAGAAGCAGAGUAUGUUCCUAAUCCAGUCAAUACCAAAAGCAUUAACUUAAAUCCUGCUCUAGAAGCUGUGGUUUCAAAAUUUGCAGAGCAUUAUCAUGAUUGCUGGGCUGUUAAAAAGGUUGACCAGGCCUGGGUCUAUGGAACCGAAUAUAAUGAAGACAAGAAAACCCAUCCAUCACUGAAACCAUAUCAUCUUCUUACAGAAGCAGAAAAAUUCAAAUACACAGAACCAGUAAGGAAUUCCUUGAAGUGCACUAUAGCACUUGGAUGGUCUUUGGAUUGUGAAGACAGCAGAGUUUUACAGUCAAAUGAGGGCAUCAAAAGACGAGCUUCAAAAUCAAAUGUACAUGAUCAAGGCUACAGCCCUCGACCUUAUGAUCUCCGUAAUAUGACUGUAACACGAGAAAUGCAGAAUUUGGCAGAAAGGCUGGCAGAAAAUAUGCAUGAAGUUUGGUUUAAACAAAAGAAAUUAGACUUAGAAUCAAUUGGUGGAGGAAUUCAUCCACUGUUGGUACCAUAUGAUAGUCUGACAGAUCACGAGAAGAAAAGAGAUAAGGAACAAGCACAAGAACUCCUCAAAUUUUUGCAAUUUUUAGGUUUUAGAAUCAGUUGUGGCAGUAUGUCUCAACAUGCACAUGAAUCUUCAUCUCGACAUGGCAAAGAUAAUGAUGGCGGUGCAUCUGUAUCAGCCACAGAGAAACGCUUUGCCUACAGUUUGUUACAGAAGCUUUUAGAAUAUCUGGACAAAGCCUCAAUUAACAUGAAACAAACCAAGCCUAGUAGUCGAUUCAGUCGACGAGAAAGUUAUACAACAGCAACAGAAGAUGUAAAAUUCUUUGGGAAGGUUGUUUUACCAUUUGUGGAGAGGUAUUUCCAUGCUCACCGUUUGUAUUUUAUUGCAUCACCAACUUCUCCAAGUUCAUCAGGGAUGGCAUCGUCAAAAGAAAAAGAAAUGACUGCCACUCUCUUUUGUAAAUUAGCCCAAGCAUUAAGAAGCAAAAUUAAUGCCUUUGGUCAUGAUGUCAACAUAUCUGUCAGGUGCUUACAAGUGCUUGUCCAGGCUGUUGAUGCAAGGUCCGUAGUGAAAAAUUCACCAGAAAUAAUCAGGGCUCACUUUAUGCCAUUUUUUAACAAUGCUGCUGCUGACUUGGCAAAUUUAAUGGACAAUCUUCAUAAAGGUCGAUUUAGCCAUGUCAAAGGAACUAUCACUAGAGGUGCCACAAGCCUUAACUAUGUCCAUAUGGUCCUUCUUCCUGUUCUUUCAUCCUUAUUUGAACAUCUCGGCCACAAUAGUUAUGGAGCUGAUAUAUUAGUUGGUGAAGUUCAACUCGCAUGUUAUCGAAUUCUAAAUGCUCUUUUCUCACUUGGUAUGAGUGGUUCUUCAUUUUCUCAUCGAGAGACCAUCUCAGUGGAACUAGCCAGACAUCGGCCUGUUCUUGGUGAAUGCAUUGGAGCUUUUGCUAGCUGUUUUCCGGUGGCAUUUUUGGAACCUAAACUCAAUACCUAUAAUAAAUUUUCUGUAAUGUAUGGAAUUAAAGGAAAUAUUGCUGAACAUUCACUGGAAGCACAAGAUGUCAGUACAUCAGAAGGUGAAGCUAAACCUGAAGAGGGGUCAGAUGAUGUGAUGGACAGUUUAUCUGAAUGCGUGCCUGGCUUAGAAUCUAUCAUCACAGAUAUUGAUAAACUUGCUGAAUCUGGUGGGGAUUGUCAAGAUUCUCCACAUAUUAUGGAUGUCACUUUGCCAAUGUUAUGCAGUUAUUUACCAUUCUGGUGGUCUCAAGGACCAGACAAUGCUUCUUCUACAGAUGGCAAUCAUGUGACAACUGUAACAGCAACUUUAAUGAAUGAAGUAUUGGGAAAAGUACUUCGUCUCAUAUUGAACAAUGUCAAUAAUCCAAAUGCUUCCUGGAUGAAUCGGAUUGCAUCUCGAGUUCAACCAAUCAUUGGUAACUCAACACCAUAUAUGGUUGAAGAACAUUUCCUACCAAUAGCUCAAAAGAUUCAAACAUGCGCUCUGAAUGUUGAACAUGCUGAGAAGAAACUAUCUGACCGUAGAGUCAGCAGUGACAAUUCAGAUUUGGAAGGAGAACUUCAGCAGUAUUAUGGCGUUUUGGUACGAGAUCUGUACGCUUUCUACCCACUACUUAUCAAAUAUGUCGACCUUCAUCGUUCAAGUUGGCUUAAAAGUCCUAUUGUUGCAGCAGAAGAACUUUUCAACUGUGUAGCCUACAUUUUCACACUGUGGUCAAAGUCCCUCUUGUUCAAGAGAGAAGAACAAAACUUUGUAUCUCAGAAUGAGAUAGACAACAUGGCAUUGAUUAUGCCCAGCCAAGCUAAAGGAUUGUCAGUUGUGAAAGUUGAAGACGAAACAAGAACAUCUGGAAGAAAGAAAGACAAGAAAAGAUUAGAAGCUCAUAACAGUCUAAAUGUAGCUUGUCUCAAGCGGUUGUUCCCUAUUGGCCUCAGUUUCUUCAGCGGAAGAGAGCAGGAGUUACUGCAGUACACCAAAGAAAAGCUUAUAAGAAAGGAACCGGAAGGAGACAUCGAAACUUUCCUGAAGGCACUAUUGGAAACAGUUGAAGGGGAGGUUGAACCAGAGCAAUGGCAGAAAUUACUCUUCCGAAAAAUAGGAGACAGCAAGUUGAGCAGUAAUAUUGAGCUAAACAGUGAAAAGAGUAUUGAAAGAAUCGUAUCAAUGGCCAGAGUUAUGUUUGGACUACAUAUGGUUGAACAUCCAUCUCUUGGACUUAAGGGUGCUUGGAGAAAAGUCAUCUCGUCACAAAGAAAACGUGCUGUGAUGGCUUGUUUCCGUAUGGUUCCACUUUAUGGCUUACCAAGACAUCGAGCCAUGAACCUAUUUUUGAAGGCGUAUCGACUAACGUGGCUUGCAACAGAAGAAGUCAGUAAAAAUGUUCUUAUUGAAGAUCUAACUAUUGCUAAAGAGGAAGAAGAAGAAGUUGAGAAGAAAGAAGUAGAGGAAGACAAAAAACCAGAUCCUCUCAAUCAAUUAAUCAUUGCAUUAUGUCGAGGUGCAACCAAAGAACAAAGUGAUGGCCUCGAAGCUGACGAACUCUAUAUGGCUUAUGCAGAUAUAAUGAGUAAAAGUUGUCAUGGUGAAGAUGAAGAUGAUGAUGAUGAUGGAGGGGAUGAUGCCACUACAUCACUGCAGUGGAAAUUUAAUCAGGUAAGCUUUAAAAUGCAACACAUGUAAGUAUUCAUGUAAAUG